AUGGAUACAAAAAGUCAUAACGGUAUCGAACAUUCCAAUACAAAUAUAAGUAAACAUACAAAAAUGACAAACAAUACUGUUUCACCGAUAACUAACGGCCAACAAUCAUGUGAAGAAAAUACCAUUCCAGCCUUUCCUUGGUUUGCUAUGGAUAUUGGUGGAACAUUAGUUAAACUUGUUUAUUUCGAACCACUCGACUUAAAUCCAGAAGAAGUUGAACUUGAAGGAGAAAUUUUAAUGAAUAUUCGCCAUUAUUUAACAUCAAAUCGUGCUUACGGAGAAGAUGGUUUUCGAGAUCAUGCUCUUGAAUUAAAUAAUGUACGACUGGGUGGUCGUCGUGGUAACCUUCAUUUUAUUCGAUUUCCUACAUCAAAAAUGUCAAAUUUUAUUGAUUUAUGUAUUUCCAAACAUUUACAUACAUUAACUUUCAAAGUUUUUGCUACUGGUGGUGGUGCUUAUAAAUUUGAACAUGAUGCAGUCGAAAGAUUAAAAUUAAGUUGGUGUAAAUGUGAUGAACUUGAGACAUUGAUAAAAGGUUUAAGCUAUUUAAGUAAACUCAAUCCAAAUGAAUGUUUUUAUUAUGAAGAACCAGAAAAUAAUGAAAAUUCAAAUAAAAUUCCAUUUAAAUUUAAUAUCAGAAAUCCAUUUCUCUUAGUUAAUAUUGGAAGUGGAAUUAGUAUUUUACAUGUCGAAUCGGAAACUAGUUAUCGUCGUAUAACUGGUACAAGUAUCGGUGGUGCUACAUUUUUGGGUUUAUGUUGUUUAUUGACAGGUUGCUCAGGCUAUGAGGAAGCUAUUAAAUUAGCUUCGGAAGGAGAUAGUACAACAGUUGAUAAACUAGUUAAAGAUAUUUAUGGUGGUGAUUAUGAACGAUUUGGUUUACCUGGACAUAUUGUAGCAUGCAGUUUCGGCCAUAUGAAUUUACCCGAAAAACGUGAACAAGCCUCAAAAGCUGAUUUAGCACGAGCGACAUUAGUAACUGUAUUAAAUAAUAUUGGAUCUAUUUCAAUGAUGUGUGCACGAACAGAAAAUGUUGAUCGAAUCUUAUUUAGUGGUAGUUUUCUACGUAUUAAUGAUUUAUCAAUGCGCAUUUUAGCUUAUGCUAUGGAUUAUUGGUCCGAGGGUAAAAUUAAAGCGAUUUUUCUUGAACAUGAAGGGUACUUUAGUGCUGUUGGUUGUUUAGGAGAAUAUAUAAUGGAUGAAAAUGAUCUCACUGAUAUUUCUCAAAGUUGA